UAUACCUUCUAUCAGAUUUGCAACCAACAACAUAUUCGUCAUAUACGACCAACAAUUGCAUUUGUUGGUUAGUGUUAGUUGAAAGGACGGAUCCGUCAUCCGCCGAUAAAAAUAUAAUAAAUAUAAAAUGUUCCGGGAUUGAUGUAAGAUGGAUGGUUUUUGUUUGGAUCGCGUCCUGUAUACACUCGACCCAAUGGACAAAUAAAUCCGAAAAAAUCCAGCGGUCCUCAUCUGUCCGUCCCGUGCGGACCUGGUUUAGGCCAUAGAUUCUCAUAGUUAAGCAGCCAAACUGGUACCAGUCGAAAAAUGUAAAAAUAAAAAAAAUCGAAAUUUUAAUUAUCAACAUCUCUAGCAAUCAUUGAUCGACUCACAUUCACAUUAAAACAAAUAUAUAGUAAUGGCUCCUAAAUUAUCAUCGGUUGCUAAGACAGCUCAAUUAGCUGCUUCAGCUUUAAAAUCCAAUGCUGUUAGAUCAUCAUUAAAAUAUUCUGGUCAAUAUCAAGCUUUAAGAAUGAUUAAUGGAACUCGUGCUGCAUCAUCUCCAGCUGAAAAGAAAACUAUUACUAUUAGAGAUGCUUUAAAUGCUGGUCUUGCUGAAGAAUUAGAUCGUGAUGAUGAUGUUUUCUUAAUGGGUGAAGAAGUUGCUCAAUAUAAUGGUGCUUAUAAAGUUUCAAGAGGUUUAUUAGAUAGAUUUGGUGAAAGAAGAGUUAUUGAUACUCCAAUUACUGAAAUGGGUUUUACUGGUUUAGCUGUUGGUGCAGCUUUACAUGGUUUAAAACCAGUUUUAGAAUUUAUGACCUUUAAUUUUGCUAUGCAAGCCAUUGAUCAAAUUGUUAAUUCUGCUGCUAAAACUUAUUAUAUGUCUGGUGGUACUCAACCUUGUAAUAUUACUUUUAGAGGUCCAAAUGGUGCUGCUGCUGGUGUUGCUGCUCAACAUUCUCAAUGUUAUGCUGCUUGGUAUGGUUCAAUUCCAGGUUUAAAAGUUGUUUCUCCUUAUUCUGCUGAAGAUUAUAAAGGUUUAAUUAAAGCUGCUAUUAGAGAUCCAAAUCCAGUUGUUUUCUUAGAAAAUGAAAUUGCUUAUGGUGAAACUCAUGAAAUUUCAGAAGAAGCUUUAUCAACUGAUUUUAUUUUACCAAUUGGUAAAGCCAAUAUUGAAAGAGAAGGUACUGAUCUUACUUUUGUAUCUCAUUCAAGAUCAGUUAAAUUCUGUUUAGAAGCUGCUGAAACUUUAGAAAAACAAUAUGGUGUUAAAGCUGAAGUCAUUAAUUUAAGAUCAAUUAAACCAUUAGAUGUUCCAACCAUUGUUGAAUCUGUUAAAAAGACAAAUCAUUUAGUUACUGUUGAAGCCGGUUUCCCAGCCUUUGGUGUUGGAUCUGAAAUCGUUGCUCAAGUCAUGGAAUCUGAAGCUUUUGAUUACUUAGAUGCUCCAGUUGAAAGAGUUACUGGUUGUGAAGUCCCAACUCCAUACGCUAAGGAAUUAGAAGAUUUUGCUUUCCCAGAUGAACCAACUGUCGUUAGAGCCGCCAGAAAGGUUUUAGGUUUAUAAAUUUGUAAUUAAUCUCACCCAAUCUUCAUAGUCAUCAAUCAUCUAUUCGAACAGAUAAAUAAAUCAUCUUAAUAUCAAUCUGUAAUACAUAUUAGAGUUACUGUAAU